AAGGGAAAAAAGAAAAACGAGCAAAUCCAAAUCCAAAUCCACCACCACCCACCCUUCCCGAGGAGAGAGAGAGAGGCUAUGACGCGCUGCGCCGUCGUCGCCGCCGUCGCGGCCGUGCUCCUCGUCGCCGGCGCGGCGGCGGCGGGGGGUGGGGAGGAGGAGGAGGCCCCGUCGACCUGCGCGCGGAGGGGCCCGGGUUUCGUCGACGCGCUCGCGUCGCGCUGCCCCUGCAUCCGGAUCGAGCCAUCCCCGCCUGUAGAGGUGAGAGGAGAGGCUAUUGCUAAAGAGUUGAACCUUCGCCACAGAGGUGUUACGUACUCCGUUCUCUUCUAUGCUGCUUGGUGUCCAUUUUCAAGCAAGUUCCGGCCAAUAUUUGAAGCUCUCAGCACUAUGUUCCCUCAGAUAUAUCACUUUACUGUUGAAGAAUCAUCUGCAAUGCCUAGUUUGUUUUCAAGAUAUGGUGUCCGUGGAUUCCCGGCCAUUCUUCUUGUAAAUGAGACUACAAUGGUACGAUACUGGGGCCCAAAAGAUCUCAGCUCUCUGGUGGACUUCUAUAAAGAAACUACAGGCUUCGAUCCAAUUGCAUAUUUUGAUGUCGAUCAUCAAGACAGUACUGGAGAUUUCAGACCAGUCACACCAGGGGACCGAUCUCUGCGUAAAAUUGCAAAAGAUGAGCCAUUUGUGUUGCUUGCGGUGCUUUUUAUCAUCCUGAAGGUUGCAGCGCAUUUCGUCCCCAUCGUCGUCUCCCAUCUGAAAACGUUCUUGGUCGUGCGUGUUCAGAACUUGAACUUAGGGAUCCGUAGGGGAUCAAGCCAACUGUUGGAACGAGCGCUGAAUGUACUUGAUGUGAAGAGGCUUUGUAGCAAGCUUAGACUGAGCAAUAAGACAAGGGACCUUAGGAAAGGCGCAAGCAAUGCUCGAGCUUGGGCUUCCUCGUUUACUUCUGUUUCACUGGGUGAAUCAUCAUCCUCACGGCAAGCUUAAGUGCUUAACCUUUUCGGGGCUGUUUGUUUAGUGUAGCUGCACAUGUGAUCCAAAGUUAUUUAAUCUUGCUUCCGCAUCCAGCUAUAUAUGAUAGUUGCUUUGUUGCGCCAUUCAGGCAUGUGGGAACCUCAUGGUCAUGUAAAUUCUGAGGGCCUCACCUUGUUGUAUACUAGGAAUACCUUUUGCGUUGCGGAUGCAAUGCCUAAUCUUGUUGUCAAGAUAACUACUGUAAAUUUGAGAUGUGUGGUGCCAGUUUGAGUAGCCUUUAGAUGAAUUUUUGUUGCUCCUGCUGCUGUAUGAAUCAUUACAGUGUUAACCUUUGAAGAACUCUUAACUUGGUCGUUGUCUGCACCAGCCUGAAGCUGGGGCCGCCGACUCAUGCCUUAUUUACUGUGAUUGUUAUAUGUACAUCACCGUUUAUAAGAAGCUAACAAAAUGUUUCUGGAA